AUGACAGAUAAUAGAAUGGAAAAUAUACCCAAGCCCACGUAUAUAGAUAUAAGUUCGGAUGGGUCUCUUACUGCGACUUUUAAUUCAGAAUCAGAUAUCCUUGAAAUUUACGACUUAAACGUUAACAAUACUACACCUCUUAACACUAUACAUGUUGGUAUGAAAAACAAUUUAUCUGGGAAAAUAUAUUAUUCUUUGGCCAUUUCCAAUUAUUAUACAACUAGCAGCCAAGUAGAUGAAAAAAAUGCAUACGUAGCCGUAUCAAGUUUUUGCGAACCUACUCCUGUCAGGCCUCCUGUCGGGCCUCCUCUCAGGCCUUCUGUUAUGAACGGUACAGAUUUAGAAAAUGGUAUUCAAGAGAACGAUAACCUGGAAGAAACGUUUGUUUUUAGAAUUCUACAAGAAGGACAAGCAAGAAAAAUCGAAACUACUGUAGAUCGCGGAGGGGUUGUUAGAUUUUUAAAUAAUGUUUUGUCAAAAAAUGAUGAUAAAUCGGACGGAUCUAUGAGUCUAAUUGUAAUGAACAAGUUUGGAAUUACAAAAGUAUUCAUCAAUCAUAACAGUCCUUUGAUCGCGGAAGAAUAUGAGUUGCCAACAACCAUUCAAGUUAAAAUUGAAAAUUUAUAUAAAGAAAACCCUUGUACGAAAUUUUUAUAUAACAAAGUUGAGAAAAAUUUUUUAUUUGUUGAAGAUUAUAGGAAUCAAAGACUUGAAUUGUAUAAUUUACAAUCCUUGGAUUUAGAAUUGAUCUGCCAUAAACGUGAUGAAUUAUCUGAUUUAACGCAAGCGCGUGGAAAUUCCAUGUUUUCCAUUUCAAAAAAUGGUCUCUUAUUAGCAUACUGUAAUGGUACAAAGAGUAUUGCGAUUCAUUUAAUGGAAAAUGGACUUGAGAUUACAACGCAUGAAUUUACUGACGCAAACAAAAUCCUUUUUAUUUCAUUUACUGAAGAUGAUGAAAAAUUAUUCAUUGUCACUCAAAUUGAAUCAUCCGUAUAUAGUGAAAAUGAAAAUAUUACAUUCACCAUAAAAAUAUAUAAUUGGGAUCUUUUUACUUCAAAAAUUAUUGAUGUAAAUGAUGAUCAAAUAAUCAACAUUUUUAGUUCCUUACAAAGGGAUAAUAAUCACUCAAUAGCUUGUUCAAGUGUCCUCAAAUUGUCGGACGUUAAAUUAAUUCCUACUAUUAAAUCACAAGAACUUCUCCCAAUUCUUAUUAAUCAAGCUCAAGAAAAUUCUCACACAAUCUUUAAUCUAAAAGGAAAAAGGCUAGAAAUGUUGGAUGCUAAGAAAUCAGCAUUGGUCGUUAACAAUAAAGAGCCUUGGAAUCAUAAUAAGAAACUUAAACGCAUUUCUUCUUAUCUUGAUGAAAAUGAAAAAAUUCAAAUUAUAAUUGGAAAAACAACAGUACAUGUUUGGAAGAUAAAUGGUGAUGAAAAAAAAAGUAAACAAGAUAAACGAAUUUUAGAAUAUAUUUGGGUGAAUAAAAGCAAUGAAGAAAUUAAAGUUGCUUCUUUAAAUGUUGGAAAGGAAGAAUUUACUUUAGAUUUGUCAUGGACGGUGCAUGAAGAAAAUAAGCAUCAUAUUCAUUGGCCAAAUGUAACUCAUGUUCUCAAAGACGCAUGUGUUGCAAUGGAGUAUCUUUAUGAAAGAAGAGACGAACCUGUAGGGAUGAAACUGAAACAUCUAACCAUAUACAAAGAUUUGGUUGCAGGCACGGAAAGUCUUAUUAAAAAAUGCAUCAAAGAAAAUCCGGAUUUAUGGAGUUUAACUGAAAUACGAUAUGAUAUUAUGGCCAAUAUCAUCCGAUCAAAGAAUACAACGUUGAUCCAUCAGAUUUUAUUCGAUUAUAAAGUAACAGAUGACAAUAAAACGAGAGUUAGUCGUUAUAUACAUAUUCCUAGGGAAAAAAAAUGGUCUAUGAUUAAUAAUUAUUCAGAUGAACAUAGUAGGGAAAGAGAUUCGAAAAUUCCUUCAAAUGAAAAAAGUGAUUCGAUGCUUAACAAUUCUUCAGAUGACAAUUGUGAUCCGAUAAAUGAUAGUGAUUUGAUACUUGCUAUUAAAAAUUCUUCAGGUGGACAUCGUAGGGAUAAAGUUGUCGUCGCCAUGUUGCUCGAAUAUUAUUCAAAUAAUGCGGAAAAAGAUACCGGUUGGAUGUAUACAUUGACAAAUGCUCUUCCUUUGCUUAGCAAGCGUGACUUUGAACCUUAUUUAAAGGAGUUAUUUUACAAAUCGUGCUUUGGAUCCAAAGAAGAACAUGUAGAUUCAAGAUUUGUGGAUGAAAAUAAAUUGAUCGAUGGAUAUAAAUCGGAAAUUUGUGCAUUAAAUGUGAGACCACGACUUUUAUUGAAGCCAAAUAAGCUUUCAUGGUGGAAUAAAUUUAUGACGAAUACAAAAGAUACGAAAGACGGAACCAUACAAGUAACGUUACGUGUUGUUCCAUUGCCAAAUUUUACAGUUUAUCCCAAUGAAACAGAAACAACACCUGCCAUUUUAAAGAUUCUGUUAAAAUUUAUCUUACUCAUAUUUUGGCCAAGAGGUUAUGCUAUUACUAAGGAAAAGGAAUAUAGCAUUUUUUUACAACUUAUAAGUAAAAAAGAAGCCUUUUCAUUCAUGUUUGCAUUAGUUUCUGGAAUAAUCAAAGACGUUGAUUUAGUAGGACAGUUAAUGUAUGGAAUAUUUUUUUAUCUUGGAUUUUAUCUUUUAGCGACGGAAGUUGUACAAUUUAAGCACGAGAAAUUGAAAAGAUAUGUUAGCAUAUAUAAUUUACUUGAUAUUUUAUCAAUAAUGCUUGCGAUAGCUACGAUGGUAUUCACAUUUGUUAAUGGCAGUUCAGAAGCAGAAGAAAUCAUUAUUACGCAAGCGUUCGCGGUCUUAUUUCUAUGGCUCGAAUUAUUAAUGACGAUCGUUGCUUUCGGUCACGCAAUGCAUAUCUUAUUAAGAAAUCCUAGUCUGUUUAAUGAGAAACCUGACGACGACACCUUUAAUAUUACAUUAUUAAAUAAUGAAAACGUGAUCAUUUCACAACAACUUAAUGUUAUAAAACCUUUCGACAAUUAUUAUGGAAAACUUGUGUAUUCUGUUAUGGGAGUUUAUUUUUGGAUCCAUGGUAGAUGGGAACAUAUAGAGGAAUGGGAUUUUUGGCCCGUCUACGUGAUCAGUAUAGGAGCAAGUAUUUUAUUGGUCAUUAUCAUGCAGAAUUUGUUGAUUGCAUUUAUGACGGGUGUUUAUGAGGUUGCAAGACAAAAUGGAAAAUUAGCGGUGUUAGGUUAUAGAGCAGAUUUGAUCGCUAAUUAUGAAACAGUGGAAAAACCAAUGGGUAGUCAUAGAGGGAAUCCAAAAUAUAUUUAUUAUGUCGGAAGUUCGGAAUAUCAGGAGGCAUGGUUGGAUAAAGCCAACAAUUAUAGGAGUACUCAUACAUCUUUAUUAUUUGAAGAUGUUAGUAGUAAAGUAUUAUCAAUAGACGAUAAUUCGGAUGAUGAUAAAUUAAUGAAAAUGCAAGUCAAUAUGAAGUCGUUGCAAGUUGUAACUGAAAAAUUGAUUUCUGUUGAAGAGAGUAUUAAAUUACUGGCAUUAAAAUUAAAUGAAAAAUGA